GGGGGGCGCCGGCUCCGCCGCCGCUGCUCCGCCGGGCUCGAACGCGGCGGGUUCUGGGGGCAGCGGCGCCGGCGCCUCGGGCCUGACGGCCUCGCUGACGGGCACCAUGAACAGGAAAAAGAAGCCCUUCUUGGGCAUGCCGGCCCCGCUGGGCUACGUGCCGGGCCUGGGCCGCGGGGCUACUGGUUUUACCACCCGCUCAGAUAUUGGUCCUGCUCGAGAUGCGAAUGACCCUGUGGACGAUCGUCAUGCUCCACCAGGAAAGAGAACCGUUGGGGAUCAGAUGAAGAAAAACCAGGCAGCAGAUGACGAUGAUGAAGAUCUGAACGACACUAAUUAUGAUGAGUUCAAUGGAUAUGCCGGAAGUUUGUUCUCCAGUGGGCCUUAUGAAAAAGAUGACGAGGAAGCUGAUGCAAUUUAUGCUGCUUUGGAUAAAAGGAUGGACGAGAGGAGAAAAGAGAGAAGAGAACAGCGUGAGAAAGAGGAGAUUGAAAAGUACCGAAUGGAACGGCCCAAAAUUCAGCAGCAGUUCUCAGAUCUGAAAAGGAAACUAGCUGAAGUUACUGAAGAAGAAUGGCUAAGCAUCCCUGAGGUUGGUGACGCAAGGAACAAACGCCAAAGGAAUCCACGUUACGAGAAGCUGACUCCUGUUCCUGACAGCUUCUUCGCAAAGCACUUGCAGUCAGGGGAGAAUCACACAUCUGUGGAUCCCCGGCAGACGCAAUUUGGUGGUCUGAACACUCCCUAUCCUGGGGGCUUAAACACUCCUUAUCCAGGAGGAAUGACGCCUGGCCUGAUGACACCUGGGACAGGUGAGCUGGACAUGAGGAAGAUUGGACAAGCUAGGAACACAUUGAUGGACAUGCGGCUCAGCCAGGUAUCAGACUCUGUGAGCGGCCAAACCGUGGUGGAUCCCAAGGGCUAUCUCACUGACUUGAAUUCCAUGAUUCCCACGCAUGGUGGAGAUAUCAAUGACAUCAAGAAAGCACGUUUACUUCUGAAGUCCGUGAGAGAGACUAACCCUCACCACCCCCCAGCCUGGAUUGCUUCUGCACGUUUGGAAGAGGUGACGGGCAAAUUGCAGGUAGCUCGAAAUCUCAUCAUGAAAGGGACAGAAAUGUGUCCCAAGAGUGAAGAUGUUUGGUUGGAAGCUGCCCGCUUACAGCCUGGAGAUACUGCUAAGGCUGUAGUGGCCCAGGCCGUUCGCCACCUUCCCCAGUCAGUCCGGAUUUAUAUCAGAGCCGCGGAAUUGGAGACGGAUAUUCGAGCAAAGAAGCGAGUCCUUCGAAAAGCGCUAGAGCACGUUCCGAACUCUGUCCGCCUUUGGAAGGCAGCUGUGGAACUGGAAGAGCCCGAGGAUGCCAGGAUAAUGCUUAGCCGAGCUGUGGAAUGCUGCCCCACCAGUGUGGAACUGUGGCUUGCCCUGGCGAGGCUGGAGACCUACGAGAACGCCCGUAAAGUCUUAAACAAGGCCCGCGAGAACAUUCCAACCGACAGGCACAUCUGGAUCACAGCUGCCAAACUUGAGGAGGCCAAUGGGAACACUCAGAUGGUGGAGAAGAUCAUUGACCGCGCCAUCACCUCAUUAAGGGCAAAUGGGGUGGAAAUAAACCGGGAGCAGUGGAUCCAGGACGCGGAGGAGUGCGACAAAGCUGGGAGCGUGGCCACAUGCCAGGCAAUCAUGAGAGCUGUGAUUGGGAUCGGGAUCGAGGAGGAGGACCGGAAGCACACCUGGAUGGAAGAUGCAGAUAGCUGUGUUGCUCACAAUGCUUUGGAGUGUGCCCGGGCAAUCUACGCGUAUGCCUUGCAAGUUUUCCCCAGCAAGAAAAGCGUCUGGUUGCGAGCAGCCUAUUUCGAAAAGAACCACGGAACCAGGGAAUCCUUGGAGGCUCUCUUGCAGAGGGCCGUGGCUCACUGCCCCAAAGCCGAAGUCCUCUGGCUCAUGGGAGCCAAGUCGAAAUGGCUUGCUGGAGACGUACCUGCUGCCAGGAGCAUUCUGGCUUUGGCUUUCCAGGCCAACCCUAACAGUGAAGAGAUUUGGCUGGCUGCUGUGAAGUUGGAAUCUGAAAAUAAUGAAUACGAACGAGCCAGGAGGUUGUUGGCAAAGGCUCGUAGCAGUGCCCCGACGGCCAGGGUCUUCAUGAAAUCUGUCAAACUCGAGUGGGUGCUCGGGAACAUUGCUGCAGCUCAGGAACUUUGUGAAGAAGCCCUGAAGCACUACGAAGACUUCCCCAAGCUGUGGAUGAUGAAAGGGCAGAUCGAGGAACAGGAGGAGCUGAUAGAAAAGGCCCGAGAGGCCUAUAACCAAGGGCUGAAGAAGUGCCCUGGCUCCAUCCCCCUCUGGCUCUUGUUGUCCAGGUUGGAAGAGAAGGUCGGCCAGCUCACCCGCGCAAGAGCCAUCUUGGAGAAAUCUCGUUUAAAGAAUCCUAAGAACCAAGACUUGUGGUUGGAGUCGGUGCGGCUGGAAUACCGAGCUGGGUUGAAAAACAUUGCCAAUACGCUGAUGGCCAAGGCUCUGCAAGAGUGCCCCAACUCCGGAAUCCUGUGGUCAGAAGCCAUCUUCCUAGAAGCCAGACCCCAGAGAAAGACCAAGAGUGUGGAUGCUCUGAAGAAAUGUGAGCACGAUCCCCACGUCCUCCUGGCGGUGGCCAAGUUGUUUUGGAGCGAGCGUAAAAUCACCAAGGCUCGGGAGUGGUUCCAUCGGACAGUGAAGAUAGACUCUGAUCUGGGGGACGCCUGGGCUUUCUUCUACAAAUUUGAGCUUCAGCACGGCACAGAGGAGCAGCAAGAAGAGGCGAGGAAGCGCUGUGAAAACGCAGAGCCACGGCACGGAGAACUGUGGUGCGAGGUCUCCAAGGACAUCAGUAACUGGCAGAGCAAGAUUGGCGAGAUCCUGGUGCUGGUGGCAGCCAAGAUAAAGAAUACUUUCUAGAGCGCCCGCUGUGUCGAACCAUGUCUGGGACACGUGUGAUGGGACCCAGCCUCUUUCCUCAAGCGCUCGGAUGUUGGACGUCGUCUGCUCCAGCUGUAGCUUGUGUAAGGACUUUGAGGUUUCCUGGUCAGAUUUAGAAGGAGAGCCAAGCAUUCUCUCCGGCGCUUCUGUGCAUUGUGCUGACAACAGCAAAUUGCAAAAUUAGCACCUGUAUGGAAGAGUGCUUAAUAUGCCAGAACGUUCCAAAAUUGUUAAGAACAGCAAGAACUUUUGGAGUGUUGGUUGGCAGGCAUUUUUGCUUUUGCUUUUUUACAAAGUCCUGUUGUAAUGAAAAGCUCCUGCAGACGGGCCAUCCUUUUGAGCCUUUCGUCUUUCUAAUAUUCAAUUUGUCUACUCUGUGUCUUGAACAGAACUAUCUCCCGGUCAUUUAGUAGCUUGCAACCCAUAGAGCACACAUUCUAUUUUUCUACAAUAAAAUAUAAAAUGGCUUAAAACCAGUUGGUUAUGGGGCUCCGCAGGGAUCCCUUGGAAGUUAUAGUUUUCCAAACUUGCUGAGGAUGCUUUUUGUGAGGAAUAGGCUAGGGAUAACAAGGCUACAAGUUUCAGAGUUCCUCGUGAGAAACCAUGAGAUUGAAAUCGCUGUAGGCUUACAGUGGACACCUAACCAGGUAGAGGCCUGGGAGGCUACAAUUGCUCAAAGCUCCAUCGAAGACGGUGGGAGGAAUGGCAGCAGGAACAAAGUUGAAGAUGUUGACUUUCAGGAUGGGCUCAAUUAGGAGUGCUCUACUCCGUCAGUUAGGACAGAACCUUGUCAAAAUGCGUAGAUGAGGUUUAGUUGCCCUGGCCUUCGAUGAAAUGAAAAAUAAGUUGCGAUAUUUAUCAGUUUAACUUUUUCUCUCUCUCCACAAUUUUAAAAACAAGCGAUGUCUUAUAAGGAGAGAAAUGCCACGAAAUAUUGAGCAGGAGUAGAGCAGGUGUCAAAUGGACUUUAGAGAGAUUAGGUUUAGCCAUAGGGGUCCAUGGCUGAAGUCUUGUGUGAAAAUCUUCUCAGUGUAGAUGGAUAUAUUUAAAAAUGCAUUCCCAGCAUGACUCCUUGUUCAGUUCCCUCUCACCCCCAGCACACCAAAGCCGUUCCCAGAUCCCAAUGCCAGUUAAUGCAAAGUGUCUUUUGUGUAUUAGGAGAUAUAUCCAUGUGCUUCUGCAUGGCCUCUUGGUGAGGAAAAAACCCACACCCCUCUCUUAACCAAUGAUUGUACAUAGUAUGAAGCUGUAAAAUACAAUCCUGUUUUGUGGUAA